GCGGGGCCAGGCGAGGGCCCGCCCCUUGGGGGCGGUGCUUCCACGCGAUGGCGGCGGCGGCCCCACGUGUUCCGCCCGGCGCGUAGCGGACCCGAAACCCGCGGCCUGGAGCCCGUGACGGGGAACGAGACCGAGGGCAUGGAGUUCGCGGAGCAGCAGUUGCAGAGGCAUGGCUGGAAACGGGGCAAAGGGCUGGGGAAGAAGGAGAAUGGCAUUGCAGAGGCCAUCAAGGUGAAGGUCAAGUGCGACACGGCAGGGGUGGGCCAUGACCCGGCCGAGCAGUUCACCUUCCACUGGUGGGACCACGUCUUCAACAAGUCAGCUGCUAACAUCGCUGUGGAGGUUGGGGAGGAUGGCGUCCAGAUGAAGACACUGUCUGAGACAGAGGCAGGCAUCAGCAACAAGAAGCCGCGGAAGCCACCUGGUGCUGCAGGCUUGGUGUAUGGCCGCUUUGUGAAGGCGGCCACACUGACGGCAGGAGGAGAGGAACCCGUGCAGCCGGCAUCCUCGUCGGAGAGCAGUGAGGAUGAGGAGAAGCUGGAUCUGUCCACUGCCGGGAGGUUGACAGACGAGCAGCUGAUCCAGGUCUGUGGGGGCCGCACUGCGCACAAGGGUGCCCGGCACGGCUUGACCAUGAGUGCCAAGCUGGCCCGGCUGGAGGAGCAGGAGCAAGCCUUCCUGGCCAAGUACCAGCAGAAAGAGGUGAUGCCAAUGAGCAGUGCCACGGAGUGCCAGCAGGACAGUGCCCUGGCCCUGCAGGGAAGCUGUGCAGCAGGGCGAGAGAAGAGAGCCAAGAAGCGCAAGAGAUCCCAGGAGAGGGUAGUAGAAGACGAGGAUCCCAGGAGCCCAGGGCAGGAGGAGGAGGAGGAGAAAGGCAGGAAGAAGAAAAAGAAGAAAAGGAGACAGGAGGAGCGGGGAGAGGUUCUGGGGGACAAGGUGGAGCCGUCUGCUGCAGAGGAACAGCCAACAGGGUGCCCAGGAGGACUGGAGCAGGGCUCUGCUCGGGCCAAGAGGAAAAAGAAGCGGCGGCAGGUGGAGUGAAUGAGCCAGACAUGUCUUGGGGUGUUGCUGUGGAUGCCCCGGCCUGAUCCUGGCACUUGGUGGGAGCUGUGGGAUCUGGCAGGUUCCCAGUACUGUCCCCUGGAGUGGACCCACGGCUCUUGGACCAGUAGCCCCUGCUCCCCGCCUCCCAACCCUGGUGGGGUCAACAGAGAGAGAUGCUUGUGGCUGUAAGAGCUAACACAGCAGCACUUUCCUCCCCCACCUGCCUGGCUGGGGUCCCCUGGCACUCAGAUCUGAAGGCAGAGCAGAGCCAAGCUGACUCAAGCCAAGGCUGGGUUUGCCCUGGAUUUUGCACCAUAAGCAUGGUGGGGGCAGUUCAGUACAAGGGUUUUAAGCAACAAUAAAUCUUUAUUGCAGUGAAA